GUGGAGAAGUUUCGUCUGCCAGAAGUGAACCUUAAAGCCAGGUAACCCUCAAAUUGUUGGAUUUCAUUAUGUCAGCUCAUACACAGGAAUUGGGGUGGAUGAUCUCAGACAAACCAUCAUAAGCAAUACUUUACAGCAGAAAUAUAUGGGUGAAAAAAUUCCUGAAGCUUGGCUUACACUAGAAAAACGUCUGAUUGCUUAUCAUGAGGAGAAAAGAGUAGACAUUCUACCAUUCAAACAACUAGAAACUAUCAGUGCUACAUGUGGUAUAUUUGACAGAGGGGAGUUGAUUCAAGCGGUACAAUUCCUGCAUGAUUUAGGUGCUGUACAGUUUUUUGAUACAGAUUUUCUACGAGACAUGAUUGUGAUUUAUCCACAGUGGAUAGUGGAUGUAAUGGCAUGUUUAGUUACAGUACAUCAAGGUGCAGUCAAGGAUGGUAAAAUGUUGUUGAAGGACAUAAGUAAAGUAUGGGAGGAUUAUCCUAGUGAGCUACACCCUUGGUUACUACGGUUAACAGAAGAGUUUGACCUGACAUGUUCACUACCUGAUGAAGAAGCCAGUAUUGUACCAUGUCUGCUUCCUGAUGGUGAACCACAGUAUGAUUGGCCACAUGCAGAUCCUAGGAAGAAUAUCCGAGAAUCAAUGACUGUAUACAAGUUCCAGUACCUACCAGCUGUCUCUUUUAUCGAGCACAGGUAA